ACGACGCGACGGAGACGCAGCCCGCUGCCGCCCGCCGGCGCUGAGCGCGAGAGGGGCGGGAGCGAGGGCCGAGGAGAGGAGACGAGGAGACAGGGAAGGGAAGGAGGGAAGGGCAGAAGUGAAGGAGGGAAGAGAGCGAAACGAGAGGGGGGCUGUCGGAUGUAGCUCUAGCUGUGGGCCGGGGGGAGAGCUACCGAGCCCGGGCUGCUCUGCUGAAACAUCCAUGGGUGGCUGUGUGGGGAGCCACCACGACUCCUCGGGCAGCUUAAACGAGAACUCGGACGGCACCGGAGUGGCUCUAGGGCGUAACCAGCCCCUGAAGAGAGAGAGGCCUAAAUGGAAAAGCGACUACCCAAUGACUGAAGGCCAGCUGCGUAGCAAGAGAGAUGAGUUCUGGGAUACGGCGCCAGCAUUCGAGGGCCGGAAGGAGAUCUGGGAUGCGCUGCGGGCUGCGGCCAGUGCAUUUGAAAGCAACGACCACCUGCUGGCUCAAGCCAUCCUUGACGGGGCCAGCAUCACACUGCCGCAUGGGGCUCUGACAGAAUGUUACGAUGAGCUGGGGAAUCGAUACCAGCUGCCAGUCUACUGCCUCUCUCCUCCUGUCAACAUGAUUGAAGAGCGCUCCGAUGAGCCCGACGGUUCUGAUCCAGACUCCGGCGCGGCAGACCCGUCCACGGGCAGCGCCAGUGACCCCAGCUCAGGAGGGGAGUGCCAGCUACGGCUGCGGCUCUCCACAGGCCGUGACCUGCAGCUGGUGGUUCGCUCCACGGACACAGUGGGCAUGAUGAAGCGUCGCCUACAAAGCCAGGAGGGUGUGUCAGCCACAAGCCAGCGCUGGUUUUUCUCAGGUCGGCCACUAACAGACAGGCUGCGUUUGGACCAGCUCAACAUCUCCAGGGACUAUGUAGUGCAGGUCAUCCUGAGCCAGCCGCCAGCACCAGAGCCAGUCACCACGGUGGGACACGCACCAGAGGUGGUGGAAGGAGUGGCUGCGCAGCCACAAGAGCCCACGCCGGUGGAGAAUUAACCCCCCCAGCUUCAGGUUCAGGUUGGCGCUCCAGUGGGCUGCAGAAUAAGGACAGAGAAAGAAAAUCAAAGUUCGCUCUUUUGGUUUGCACUCUUCUCUUCUCCUCUACUCUUCUCUGCUUUCACUCGUUUCUACUGAGAAGGGCUUUGAUUGGGCAGAAGAUGGCUGCUGGUCUGCUGGAGCAAAAGGACUCCUCAAUUGAGAAAAGACUCCCCACCUUUGUUAUUACACGUUGACAUUUUGACCUUUUUUGAAGUCUUUUUAACUGUUCCUAUGGAAACCAAACAACUAAAACAGAACUUUGUCAGGUGGAGAAAAAGGUUUCUUAGUAACACUGAUGUUAAAAUGUUUCUGUGUUCCAGUUUCCAUUUAGUAUCUGCUCCCUGGCAAAGCUGGGGCAUCAGAUUCUGUUUAUGAGACUACAGGGUUCUACGUACAUUUUAAUUACAGACAUUUUAUAUUCAGACAAUUCAGAAAGAGAUAGUUUAACAAUCAUAACAUUUAUUCAGGCAACUACUCUUAAUUAUAUAUGAAAUAAAUUGCCUGGGAAAUACGUCAGUCUGCUGACAGCUGUAAAGAAAGAUAUUGUACUUCUAGUUAGCGAAUAGCUGCGUCCUGCGUGUUGAUGGCAGGGAGCACGACUGGAUGUUUUCCAAGCUGCUGCUGGAUUAGAUGUUUUAUUUCACUCUACUUCACAGAGCUUUCCACGUAAUCAUUACAGUACACAGAAAAUAGUCCGCGAGUGCGUUUGAGUGGGCGAAUGUUCAUAUCCGGUCCGAACACAAUCACACUUAUUCAUGUGGGAAAAAGAAUGGAUCAGAAACACAGUUGCAUAUUUUGAUUAAAAAUAGAAUGUUUUUAAUUAAAAUUGAUCAUUGUUUCUA